GUGGAGGUGGGGCCGGGGACGCGCCUGGAUGCCGGAGACAGCCUGCACCUUUAAAAGCGGACGCGCGCGGGGCCUGCGCCUUUAAGCGCGGGCGCGCGCGCGCGGCCCUGGGUUCCCGGCGAGGAGGCCGCGGGAGCGCCCGGACCCGGCCCGCCUGCCCGGCCCCCGCCCGGCCCCCGCCCCGGCCCCGGCGGGGGAGGGGUCUCUGAGCGGCCCCUCCCCCCAGCACCCCCGCCCACGCUGCGGCGACCCCAGCCCGCGUGUCCCGCUCCGCCGCCCAGCCGGCGCCCAGGCCUCGCCCCACCCCGGCCCCCGGGGCUGCCUGCCCCCCCCCCCCACCGCAGCCGACCCCCUCCCGCCUGGCCAGCCCCUCUGCAGCCCGGGAAGCCAGGAGGGACUCUGCAGAGCCGGGGACCUGUACCCCCAACGUCGAGGGUCUACACCCCGAAAUUGGACCCAGAGAUUCGGAAACUCGAGCUUGGGACCCUGAUCUGGGGCUGGGACCCCAAGACCCGCGACCAGAACACCAGUCUCCAGCGCUGGAGCCUCGGACUUUGGCACCCCUAAGCUUGGAAGAUCGGCCCCAAGAUGUGAAGCCUGAAUCUCCCGAUUUGGCAGCUGGACCGCCCCGGCUCUGGAGCUGAACUCUGAAUUCUGUGUCUGGGACCUUGAAAUCUGGGACUGGAUUCCUGGAGCAUCUGUCUACACCCCGCGCUGCGCUGUCUGCACCUGGAGCCAUAGGCCUUGGACCCCAGCCACUGGACCGUAGUGUUCAGGGGGCUGAGACCUGAGUCUGGGCCACUGCACACCUGAAUGGUGAAAGUGGGGGCCAGGAACCUCCAAAUCUCGACUCAGCACCCCAGGACUUGGGCCCAGCCCUCCAGCCUUAGAUCUCAGGUCUGGGCUGGGCACAUAGACCCUACCCUCACCAUUGGUGACCAGGACUGGCCAAGCAACCCCACCUGGGGCCUGGCUGUCUAAAUCUUGACCCUGGAGCCCGUCUUGGGGAUUGGGGGACCCCAAGUCUCAAGACCUGGAGCUCCUGUGGCUGCAGAGCUAAGCAGACAGAUCCUCUCCUGAGGUGUCAGGAGUCAGGGAAGGCAUGACCAGGCGCCCCCUCCAGAGCCCUGACCCCUGACCCCUGCGGCUCCCUGGGGUGCUUCCAGCUCAGCAGGUGGCCCUGCCCGCGAUGGCCGUCCUCCCCCUGCUCCUCUGCCUGCUGCCGCUGGCCCCCGCCUCGUCUCCACCUCAGUCGGCCACUGCCAGCCCGUGUCCCCGCCGCUGCCGCUGCCAGACACAGUCACUGCCCCUCAGCGUGCUGUGCCCGGGCGCAGGCCUGCUCUUCGUGCCCCCCUCGCUGGAUCGCCGGGCAGCCGAGCUGCGCCUGGCCGACAACUUCAUCGCGGCCGUGCGGCGCCGCGACCUGGCCAACAUGACGGGCCUGCUGCACCUGAGCCUGUCCCGCAACACCAUCCGCCACGUGGCCGCCGGCGCCUUCGCCGACCUGCGUGCCCUGCGCGCCCUGCACCUGGACGGCAACCGGCUGACCUCGCUGGGCGAGGGGCAGCUGCGCGGCCUGGUCAACCUGCGCCACCUCAUCCUGAGCAACAACCAGCUGGCGGCGCUGGCGGCCGGCGCGCUGGACGACUGCGCCGAGACGCUGGAGGACCUGGACCUGUCCUAUAACAACCUGGAGCAGCUGCCCUGGGAGGCGCUGGGCCGCCUGGGCAACGUCAACACGCUGGGCCUCGACCACAACCUGCUGGCCUCUGUGCCCGCCGGCGCCUUCUCACGCCUGCACAAGCUGGCCCGGCUGGACAUGACCUCCAACCGCCUGACCACCAUCCCCCCCGACCCCCUCUUCUCCCGGCUGCCGCUGCUGGCCAGGCCCCGUGGCUCGCCGGCCUCCGCCCUGGUGCUGGCCUUCGGGGGCAACCCCCUGCACUGCAACUGCGAGCUGGUGUGGCUGCGGCGGCUGGCCCGGGAGGACGACUUGGAGGCGUGCGCCUCCCCGCCCGCCCUGGGCGGCCGCUACUUCUGGGCGGUGGGCGAGGAGGAGUUCGUGUGCGAACCGCCCGUGGUCACGCACCGCUCGCCGCCCCUGGCGGUGCCAGCGGGACGGCCGGCUGCCCUGCGCUGCCGGGCCGUGGGGGACCCGGAGCCCCGCGUGCGCUGGGUGUCCCCGCAGGGCCGGCUGCUGGGCAACUCGAGCCGAGCUCGCGCCUUCCCCAACGGGACGCUGGAGCUGCUGGCCACGGAGCCGGGCGACGGCGGCAUCUUCACCUGCAUCGCAGCCAACGCGGCUGGCGAGGCCACGGCGGUGGUGGAGUUGACUGUGGGCCCCCCGCCACCCCCCCAGCUCGCCAACAGCACCAGCUGCGACCCCCCGCGGGACGGGGACCCCGAUACUCUCACCCCUCCCUCUGCCGCCUCGGCCUCCGCCUCCGCCUCAGCCAAGGUGGCUGACAUGGGACCCCCAAGCGACCGUGGCGUCCAGGUGACUGAGCACGGAGCCACGGCAGCUCUCGUCCAGUGGCCAGACCAGAGGCCCAUCCCAGGCAUCCGCAUGUACCAGAUCCAGUACAACAGCUCUGCCGACGACAUCCUCGUCUACAGGAUGAUCCCUGCCGACAGCCGCUCGUUCCUGCUGACCGACCUGGCGUCGGGACGCACCUACGAUCUGUGUGUACUCGCUGUGUACGAGGAUGGAGCCACGGGACUGACGGCCACUCGGCCAGUGGGCUGCGCCCGCUUCUCCACGGAGCCAGCGCUGCGGCCCUGUGGGGCCCCUCACGCACCUUUCCUGGGCGGCACCAUGAUCAUCGCGCUGGGCGGCGUCAUCGUGGCCUCGGUGCUCGUCUUCAUCUUUGUGCUGCUGAUGCGCUACAAGGUGCACGGCAGCCAGCCCCCCGGGAAGGCCAAGAGCGCCGCCCCGGUCAGCAGCGUCUGCUCCCAGACCAACGGUGCCCUGGGCCCCACGCCCGCCCCGCCUGCCCCGGAGCCUGCUGGGCCCCGGGGCCACACCGUGGUCCAGCUGGACUGUGAGCCCUGGGGGCCCAGCCACGAACCCACGGGACCCUAGUGACACACUCACCUCUCUGGCCAGUCUGGCCCCGGAGUGGCGGGACCCAGGCACCCCUGUCAGACCUGGCCUCGGACUCACCAAAUUGCUCAUGGUUUUUAAAAACUCUGAUCGGGAGGGUGUUGGGGCACCGGGCACAACAAGAAAGUCCUAUUUUUCUAA